UAUCCAAAACGGCGUCAGAGAUUCACGUCAACAUCAGGCGGCACCUCAAAUAGAAUCUGCCGACUUAAACUCCAAAAGUUUGGGUCAAUACGACACAUCACAACGCAGGAAAAAAGGUAGGAAGAGGAGUGAUCGCCGGCGCAGGAGCGAAGACAAAGUUCUCCAAAAGAAAGAAUCGUCAAGUUUGUCGUCUUUAGAAGAAACCCCUAAUCAGCGGAAGGGAUCUCAGUUUAUCAUGUCGGCACCUAUCCAGUUGCAGUUCACCCAACUGAAUAUGAACGCCGCUUUCUUGGAAGUCAAAGACUUCCUUGCAAAGGAAAAGUACAGCCGAUUUGUCGCGACGUUGGUACGCGCCAUCAAAAGUGAUUCUGUGCAUGCUGUUGAGGUUAUGGUGGAGAUUCUUAAGAUGUUUGGGUUUGAUUUAUACGAACCGAUGUUCAGGGAAAGCGUCUACACUGCAAGCAUGCUCCACGUCGCUCUUUUGUUUAAAAGAGAUGAAAUAUGUCGUCUGCUCAUCAAGGAGUUUCCGAAGCUCGUUACUGUCAAGUACGAAUCGGAAAAAUUUCAAAACCAGACGGCCAUCCACAUCGCGGCAUCGAAUGGUCAAUAUGAGAUUUUGAGCGACAUGCUUGCAGCUGUGGAUGAAGCAACAGGGAAGGAACUUCUGAAUACGAUCGCGGAUGGCUCCUACUUCACGGAUGUGCACCAAGCGGGUGCUCUUGCCCUCACAGCCGCAGCGUACAGCGGUCUUCAUGAAAUGUUGCGGAUGCUUAUCAAGCGCGGAGCGGAUCCAGAUGUAAAAGGACUCAACGGCAACACAGUCUUACAUUGUAUCGUGAUAUUUUCCGCCUUGUAUCCACAGAGCGAGACCCCCAAGAUAUUAUUCGAUGAGGUCUGGGAGACAUGCACAACGUGGUGGCAAAGACAUAACAUCGAGGGAGUAUUUCAUUCCGAAAAUCAACGGAAAAUGGCGCAGGUUGACGCAUUCCGGUACCUACUUUCAAUCCGCAAUGAUGCUGACCAAAAUGUCUUGUCUUUAGCCGUCCAUCUUCAUUCGAACCUGACCAUGCACAUUCUCAACAUAGAACACAUCUACAAACUCCCGCAGACGAAGUUCGGCGCCAUGUCUUGGUCGACGUAUGAUGUGACGGAAGUGGCAAGCUAUGCGCCUCCAAGCAUCGGUAGAGCGAAUCGCUACAAUGCUGGAAGCAUACUACACAUUCUUGCUCACCGGGCGAAAUUGGUCACGCAGGAUGAAGACGAGUCGUACAGUGAUAUCGUCGAAGAAGAACCAAUCCGAACCUUGGUCAAGAUGAAAUGGCAGACGUACCGCUUUGUCUACAUUGCGUGGUUCGCCUUCCAUCUUCUGGCAAUGACGUGCCUCACGGGCGUCGCGCUACAUUUCUACCAACCAGACCUCAACCACAAUACAUUCCAUGAUCCACUGGCAAUCCAGCAAGUUAAUUGGACAGCCUUCGACCCUGUCAUUGAAGACACAGAUCCUAACUACAGGGCGGUUCACCCAUGGUACAUCCUCUUCGGCGUCUACCCCGUCGUGCUGAUUGUUCUAGAGUUUCUGGAUAUUUUUUCGACUGGUUACAGCAACUUGAAAUCAUUAGAUACGGGAGCUGGCAAGAAAAGCAAGAAGCGCAAACAAUACCUAGUCUACUUAUCUGACCAAUACUCGGCUACAGGUAAUGCCCCAUAUCGCAUAACUGGGAUCAUGUUCAGCCUCUCGACGCUUACUUGGCUUUGCUUCCAUUUCGCUGGCGACAUCGACCAGGACAUGCCUCUCUCCCUGUCCAUGAUCUUUGGUUGGAUCUUCAUGCUAUAUUUCACACGCGGUUGCCGCCAUAUUUGUGAAUUCAGCAUCAUGAUGCAGAAGAUGUUUUUCCAGGAUUGUGCCUAUUUCAUAGCCGUCUACAGCUUCUUCUGGCUGGCCUUCUCAACCGGAAUGCACGUCUUGCUGUUCUACGGAAACACACCAGCGCCUCAUUUCGGGAACACCCUGUACCAUAUGCUGAACAUCAUCACAGACGCCGGAGAUAAAUCGUCUGCUGACGGUGCCAGAAGACCAGCAGCGGCCGCGACACUCCUGAGCAUCUACGCCGUGGUGUCCGUCGUCCUCCUACUGAAUAUGCUGAUCGCCAUGAUGAAUACUUCCUACGAGGCGGUAAAGAGUUCGAAAACCAAUGUUUACCGGAACCAGCAACUCUCUAUAAUGUUAAUGCUUGAGCGGCGACUUUGGUGGUGGGUUUGGCUGUGCGAAACGUCUCAGCAGUUUACCUGGUCACCGAAGAAACCUUCUUAUAGCCAGGAGAAAACUGGCGAAGGGUCGGGCAUCAAAACAAACGCUCGAGUAUAUCUAGAGAUCACCGAAAAAAGUCCUUUGGGAGCGAACUAACAGUUUAUCGGGUUGAGAUUGCUAAACGAGGGAAGCAGCUUUUGAAAGCUAUUAAAAUACAGCCCAAAAAGUAGGACAGGACUAGUAUAAUAAAUGUAAGGGCUUAAGAUUUCACCAAGAGUUAACGAAUGU